AUGACUAGCUCCGAUCCUAAUAAGCGGCCACGACCCGGGCCAAGGCCAACGGCAUCGGAAUCCGCCACAAUGCCACCGUCUUCAUGGGCUAAACACACCGGCUUCAAGCCCAAGUUAUCCGGCGAGACCAGUGCGAGUGAUUCGAGUCAAAUUAUGCGGGGCCGUGUUCGGGCUGGUUCGGCUGUGAACGGUGAGCCAGAGAAUGGGAAAGUGCCGCCUGCUCCGGCGGCAGCGGAGGAGAAAGAUCAGACUUUGAAGAAAAAGAGGGAUUCGGAUGGUGGUGGCAGAGCAGUGGCCAAGAGUACAACUGGAAAGGCGGCGACGGCGACUCGGAAGCCGGUUAGGAAGGAAAAGGUGGUGGGUGUGUUAUCUCAGACUGUCGAUGAUAAUGGGUUUGUGUCUAG